ACCCCUACCCACCCCCAUACUAAGAUAAUGAAAAUAUAAUCAAGAUGGAAAGAAAUAUAGAAGUAAUUUAAUACAGGAAAAAAUCAGGUUCUUAUUUUUUCGGUUAUAAGAGUGGAAGGUGACCCAAAUUUCAUCGUAAAGAAAUUUACCUAAAUCAUACCCUAAAUGCAAAACUGAUAGCCAAGCAACUGAAAAACGCCCCAUGAUUUCUGAACGUUUUGUUGACGGACAAAUCAUUUUAUCACUCCGUGUGGACAAAUAGUCCCGUUUCCUCCCUGACUCAAAUAAACAACUGAACUUACUUCAACUAAGUGUUUAUUCCCCUUCCAAUGGCCGACCCACGCUUUCGAAGAGUCUGCGAUAGUAUUUAGUCCUAGGACAAAGACUGUGAAUAGAAAAAUCGACCUGGGAACAAAGUGAUCGUGAUUGGUACACAAAGGGUACGCGGGUUGCUGUAGAAUGAGUUCUUGAUAGCGAGAAAGAGCGCUGAGUAAAUCUUGAGGGCAGAGAAUUAUUAGGCCUCAUACCGUCUUGCGUAAUUGACGGCGAGCACUGACGCAGCGUUGUAGGCUUUUGAUAGUCCGCUUAAAAACACUUAAAAAGGAUCAUUUCCAUGGAGAUGACUUCCCUGACGGGUCUCCUGGUCUUGGUGGCACUGGCAGUAGGGAGCAAUGCGGGUCAGAACUCACUCAUGUCCUUCAAGAAUAACGGCUACGAGGGCGUACUAGUGGCCAUACAUCACAGCGUCAAGGAAAACUUGGCCAUGAUUGACGAAAUUAAGAAACUCUUCACGUCUGCCUCUCCAUACCUCCACACCGCCACACGCCAGCGUGCCUACUUCCGUAACGUGAGCAUCCUUAUCCCAGAGACCUGGAGGGACCGCCCCGAGUACGAGAAGGCAACACUGGAGACCUUUUCCAAGGCGGACUUCCGUGUGGACCACAGCAAUCCGGUGUAUGGUCACGUGCCGUACACCAAGCAGCCCGGAGAGUGCGGGGAGCCGGCCGAGUACGUUCAUGUGACGCCGGAAUACGUUCUGGACAACGGCACCAACAGAGAGUACAACUGGGGAGAUCCGGGGCGCGUGAUCGUCCAUGAGUUUGCCCAUCUUCGCUAUGGCGUAUUUGACGAGUACGGUCUGGUAGAGGACGAAAACUACCCGCUGUUCUACGUGGGGGCCAACGGGAGGCCCACUGUCACCGGGUGUUCGUCGAGGGUUCGCGGCACUUACAAGGUCUACGACGGGAAGACGGCUAGACGAUGCAUGUUAAGUCGUCUUACUGGGCUCCCAGAGAAGGACUGCCGCUUUUAUCCUUUCCUGACCAGAAACACCGCCAAGGCUUCGGUCAUGUUCUACCAGUUCAUCGACUCGGUUGACUCUUUCUGUGAGAUGAAGGCCACGGAGCCGUCUAUGCAGCACAGUCAGUUUGCACCCAACAAGCAGAAUAAGCUGUGUAACACGGGUACCUGGGACGUUAUAAAAGAACACGAGGAUUUUACAGGAAAGGAGGGCCAACCACGUGAGAUCACCGACACUGAGCCAUCUUUCCGGGUCCUUUAUCCUAGACGUAAAGUCACUUCGACAGGAGUAGAAUUGGACGGCGAACGGCUUGCUCUGGUUUUAGACGUCUCGCAGAGUAUGAACGAAAAAGAUCGUGCGUUUAAAGUCCUCCAGUCCGCCACCUCAUUUAUCCGGGAAUCUGUACCUCUCGGCAUAGAGGUCGGGGUUAUUCUUUUCAACAACCAGGCCUUGGAUUUGCCCUUCUUAGGACUCCGUAAGCUGAGCAGCGAGGCCGACAAAGACAGGCUUAUUGGGUCGCUUGCACAGUAUAUGCCAAACCUUGUGGGUGGUUCUACGGCAAUAGGACAAGGUUUACAGAAAGCGAAGACGAUGCUGAGCGCAGGCGGGCGCAGUUUGGAGAACGCCCACAUUGUCUUGAUGUCUGACGGAUAUGAGACGGAAAACCCCUCCGUGGCUGACGUCAUGAAGUCAGAUAUAGAGGGAACUGGGAUCGUCGUCACUGCUAUCGGCUACGGGAAGGUUGACGAUGGACUGGAUGUGGCGUCCAAAAAAUCCGGAAGGUGCAAUGACAAGAGAUAUUGA